UUGGAGUCUAAGCUUUCCCUUCGAUGAAUCAGACCACUCGGAUCAGCUCUAGGCAGCAAAAACAGCAAGCAAAGCAGACUGAGUCUCAGAAUAUUCCGAAUCAAAAUAGCUAACCAAAGGUUAUCGAACCUUAAACACUGAAACUUUAAUCUUUUCUCUAUUACAUACUCCAUAUUUUGUUGACCUGUGUUUAUCUAAAGGAGAAAAAAAGGACACAUCAAUGAUUAAUAAUAUAAUUGGGAUUUAUCAUUGACUAUCUUAAAGUCUUUCCCAUGAAAACAUUUUUGUCUCAACCUUGUUGGCAUCUAGUUUUGGCUUAUUAGCAUAUUAAUCUUCCACUUGGAUGCUUUGUAUCUGCUUUUCUAUUUUUUGCAUUUCCUUACCCAAAAGCUUAUAAAUCAUCCAUUGAUUAUGGAUAUUACAGAUCAACCCUGUUUCCAAAUUAUGAUCAAACAUGUUAGCUACUUUAGUCUGUUUCCACUUACAUAACUGCACAAUGGUUUCUUCUCUGCUUCUGCUUCUGCUUACCCUUUUCCCUUCAAAUGUUGACCCAUUACAUUUCAAUAUAAUAAAUUUCAGUUCUGUUGAGAAUGCAAGCAAAGAUAUGGCAUAUGAAGGUGAUGCCAAAGUUGCCAACAACGGGUUCAUAGAGCUCACCAGUUAUGACUUCUAUCGAACUGGAAGAGCCAUUUAUGGCCAGCCUUUCCACCUUUGGGAUUCAUCCACUAAGGUUCUCACAGACUUCACAACCUCUUUUACAUUCACUAUUCACGGAUCAGAAUCCAAUGGUAGUGUACUUGCUGAUGGCUUUGCUUUCCACAUGGCUCCUUUGAGUUUCACAACUCCACCCAACUCAGCCGGUGGCAAUUUUGGACUAUUCAACAUUUCCACACAGUUUGGCAUACCCCAAAAUCAAAUGUUUAUGGUGGAAUUUGACACAUACCAAAAUAAAGAUUAUGAUCCUCUAGAUCUAGUGCAACAUGUUGGGAUCAACAAAAAUUCCCUCAAAUCCAUCAAUUAUACUAAGUUUGAUAUUGAAGGAAACAAUGGGAAACAAGGUCAUGCUUUAAUUACCUAUAAUUCUUCUACCAAAAACCUUCUUGUGUCUUGGUCUUUCGAUGGAGCUAGCACCCAUACUCUGUCUUGUGAGAUUGACCUCUCUGAAAUCCUACCAGAGUAUGUGACAGCAGGAUUCUCAGCUGCAACUGGCCGCCGCUCGAACACACAACACAACAUUCAUUCUUGGGAAUUUAACUCAACUUUGGAUUCCACCGAUUCUGAGGUAAAGAGAAAGAAGAGGCAAAAAAGGAUCAUAGAAAUUGUUGCAAUGACUUGCUCAAUAAUUGUCUUGGUGCUUAUGGUAUGUGUUUGUCUUAUCAAGAAAAGAAUUGCCAAGCUUCUACAUGAUGAUGGCAACCGCAGAUACAAAGUAGUCGCCAAUGACUUGGACGAAGCAUCACUACCUAGAAGAUUCGAGUACAAGGAAUUAGCUCAAGCUACCAAUGAGUUCUCAAAUGAUAGAAAGCUUGGAAGUGGAGGAUCAAGUCAAGUUUACAAAGGUUUUCUAAGUCACUCAGGACGUGCAGUCGCAGUUAAGAGGAUUUUCGCUGAUAUUCAAGGAGGCGAGAAAAUAUUCAUCAAUGAAGUGAAGAUAAUAAGCCGUCUUAUACACAGAAACUUGGUGCAAUUCAUAGGGUGGUGCCACAACAAACAAGAGUUCUUCCUAAUUUUUGAGUACAUGCCUAGUGGAAGCCUAGACACUCAUCUCUUUGGAAAUAAAAGAGCUCUGCCUUGGGAUGCAAGGUAUAAGAUAGCUUUAGGUGUGGCCACGGCACUUCAUUAUCUUCAUGAAGAUGCAGAACAAUGUGUGCUUCAUAGAGAUAUUAAGUCUGCUAACAUUCUAUUGGACACAGAUUUUAGCACCAAGCUUUGUGAUUUUGGCAUGGCAAAAUUGGUAGACCCAAGAUUGAAGACUCAAAGGACAGGAGUUGUAGGGACAUAUGGAUACUUGGCACCAGAAUAUCUCAAUGGAGGAAGGGCUAGCAAAGAAUCAGACAUAUAUAGUUUUGGGAUUGUAGCUUUGGAAAUUGCAUGUGGAAGGAAGACUUACCAAGAUGGAGAAUAUCAUAUUCCUUUAGUAAAGUGGCUAUGGCAACUCUAUGUGGAAGGGAAUAUUCUGAAUGUUGCUGAUGAAGGAUUGAACAAGAAUUUUGAUGAACUUCAAAUGACAUGCUUGCUUAUAGUAGGACUAUGGUGUACCAACCCGAAAGCUAAGGAAAGGCCGAAAGCAGCACAAGUGAUCAAGGUUCUUCAGCUUGAAUCGCCGCUACCUGCUCUUCCACAUGAUAUGCAUGAUCAUCCUCUUCAACCAACCAUGGAGAAUUUUAGAAAUUCUUCUCAAUCAUCACCCAUCACAAAUAGCCUUGUCAAUGAUGGACGUUAGUUUUAUGUAAAAGAAAUUUAAUUAAUCAAUUUGGUAAAGCAAGUUUUAUAGGUUGGUGGGAGCUAUGUUUUAUAGCAAGUCCCUUUGAUUUAAGGAUGAAAUAUUCAAGUGGCUAUACAAUAUUGUCUAUUUUCUAAGCAGAAAUAAAAUAUUUCACUUGAAAAUUAAAUUGCUUUUGUUAAUUUGGUUAUAAAUCUGUAGCACAAGUUAUAUGACAGAAAAAUAUUUAAAAAUAAUUAAACUCCAACAAUAGAGACAUUUUAACCUUUUGUCAAUCUCAU